AUGUCACUCCCUGCCGAAAUAAUCCAUCGAAUUCUCUUUUGUCUCUCCAUCCGUCACGAUCAAGCUACACUCGCUUCCAGCGCUUUGGUCAACAGACAAUUUAAUCAAAUCGUCACACCACUACUUUGGAGAUGGCUAACACUGAGUUCUCUGUGUGCGUCAAAGGACGUCGACACGCCUACUCUCAGAGUUUCGAUAUGGGAUGAACACCUUCAGGAUAUGGUCCAUGUCUUGGACAUAAAGACUCAUGAACGCGAAAUAUGCGAAUCUGCCAAUGUCAAAAGUCUGAACAUACCUAACUUGAAAACACUUCGUUUGCACAUCGAUACGGGACCAGCUGGAUAUAGAGAAAUUCAUUUUGGAGAAGAAGAAGAAGGACAGGAAACGUCAUGUCGACUAGUGCAAAAUCUUAGACCAAAAACCAUUGUAUACAGAGAAUCAAUAAAUAUCAAUCCAAGUUUCUAUCUUGACCCGGAAUAUUUCUGUCCGACGAUCUGGUCCGAAGUCGAUACUCUGGUAUAUCUCGUUCCACCCACCGAGUAUGGGACUCACUUUGUUACACAUGAUGGGAGGGAUUUGAAACGAUUAUUACCGAAGCUCGAAAAGAUCUUUUGGAUAUUUGAUCCUACCCCUAUGGACCCAGACCCAGAAGGCGAACAGGGAGGCUUAUAUGGACAAGAAUUCAAAUUGAUCUACGAUAUUUUGAUCAAUAACCCUCAAAUCAGAUUUACAAUUGUCAAUGUCGGUUGUACUCAAAUGCGAUUACCUCGAAGACAUCGAUUGUCCUAUGAAAAUACGCUAGGUGAUUACUGGCAAGAAUUCAACAAAUUUUACUGGGAUCAAGUAGAAUGUUCCUCUGUCUGCGAUGGCGAGGAAGAUGAUACCGAAGAAUUGAAUUACCCCUAUUUGCUUACCAUAGAGGAGUUCGUGGAACAGGAAGAAUGGUACGAAUUCCUUGAGCCGCAAGAAAUCGAGGGAUGGAAAUGGAUGAAUAAAGAGAUUAAGGAAAGAAUACCAACAUGGGAGGAUUGA